AAAGGAGUCCUCCGCGCUCGACCGCGCUCAUAAGAGAAACAGCGUGUGUGGUUCUUGACGUGCCGCGAACCUUCGAACACAAGUGCGAUACUACCCUGUGAGGAAGCGUUCCAGCGACUCUCCUGUUCCCGCCAUCGCAGUUGCCAGCGCGACGUGCUUUUUUACCCCAGACUCGUUGGACUACUCCAGUCCUCUCUGAUGGGUGUUUUGAGAAUCCGUUGAUGGUGCUUUGCUGCAUUGCUGCUCCUACUUGACAGAGAUCAUCUCCAGACUAUACAGGACAGGUCAUCCAGGAAGGAAGAACCAGGGCACAGAUGUCCUUCACAGACCCGUCCCAUGGCCCUCGUGUCUGCUGAUUCCCGAAUUGCAGAGCUUCUCACAGAGCUGCAUCAGCUGAUCAAGCAAACCCAGGAAGAACGCUCGAGGAGUGAGCACAACUUGGUGAACAUCCAGAAAACCCACGAGCGAAUGCAGACUGAGAACAAGAUUUCUCCUUAUUACCGGACAAAGUUGCGUGGCCUCUACACAACCGCCAAGGCUGAUGCGGAGGCUGAGUGCAACAUCCUCCGAAAAGCAUUGGAUAAGAUAGCUGAGAUCAAGUCUCUGCUGGAAGAGAGGCGGAUAGCGGCCAAGAUCGCAGGUCUCUACAAUGACUCGGAGCCCCCACGGAAGACCAUGCGCAGAGGCGUGCUAAUGACCCUGCGGCAGCAGUCAGCCAUGACCCUGCCCCUCUGGAUCGGGAAGCCUGGUGACAAGCCCCCACCCCUCUGUGGAGCCAUUCCAGCCUCAGGGGACUAUGUGGCCAAACCUGGAGACAAGGUGGCUGCUAGAGUGAAGGCUGUGGAUGGGGAUGAGCAGUGGAUCCUAGCUGAAGUAGUCAGUUACAGCCAUGCUACCAACAAGUAUGAGGUAGAUGACAUUGAUGAAGAAGGCAAAGAGAGACACACCCUGAGUCGGCGGCGCAUCAUCCCACUGCCCCAGUGGAAAGCUAACCCUGAGACAGACCCUGAGGCCUUGUUUCAGAAGGAGCAGCUGGUGCUGGCCCUAUAUCCCCAGACCACCUGCUUCUACCGUGCCCUGAUCCACACACCCCCACAGCGGCCUCAGGAUGACUACUCAGUCCUGUUUGAAGACACUUCCUAUGCAGACGGCUACUCCCCUCCUCUCAAUGUGGCCCAGAGGUACGUGGUGGCUUGUAAGGAGCCCAAGAAAAAGUGAAGCUGGCUGGCUGGCUUGAGUCUGCCACUGCCGACCUCAUGGGAGAAGGCAACAAACGAGUUCCUGUAAUAAAAUAAAUACUCUUCCCUCUCA